UAUGGCACAAGGUCUAGGCUUUGCCUGGACUUGGGCCCCAAACAAAUUUAUAAACUUGCACUUCACAGGGAUCUUGGAUUAUACAUUAAAAUGGCUAAAGAUCAUUGAGAAAAAUGGUACACCAAGAUUUCGAAAUAAUCCACUAAAGAAAAAACUUCUUGACAUACAAGCACCAUCUCUACCUGAACUAAUGAGGGAGUUAAAUUACAUGCCCUCUAGUCAUAUUCCAGAAAUUAACCAUAUCACAGACAGGAUAUAUAACAUUAUAAAGGGCUCUGAAAAAAUUAAUAGAGCCCAGAAGGGUUUUGAAAAUCAAGGCCUAAUGAAAAACUUCCUCAACAAUCAUCCUAACAUUAUCAUUAAACCAGCUGAUAAAGGAAGAAGGAUUGUCUUAAUGGACAAAGAGGACUAUGUCUUUGAAGCCAUGACACAGCUCUGUGACAGAACAACCUACAAACAGGUCAGCAAUAAAAUAAGCUCUACCCAAUGGACCCGGUUAAAUGAAAUCCUUAAUGAAUUGGUUACAAUGAAAAUUAUUACCAAAUCUACAGCAACUCUGAUGGCUCCACAGAAUAGCCCAGGAGAUAGAAAGUUUUACCUCCUACCUAAAAUUCAUAAACACAGCUCCCAAUGGAGAGUACCAUAUAGGAUCCCAAGGGGAGACCAGUGGUGA